CAGCGGUGUUGCUCUCCGCCUGUCUGCCUGCCAGGAGGAAGAAGCAGGCCUGAGCACGAUGGCACAUGUGGUGCACGGUCGGUGUGUGUAGUGUAGUGUAGGGUGCUGCCGACCAAGUCUAGCUAAAUCUAGCAAGGACAUCGGAUCAUAUGCGCGUACUGCGGGUUGGGACUGUACGGUGUGUGCGUGUGUGUGUGUGUGUCGUAUGUGUGACGGUGUGUUCAGUGAGAGAGGCUUCGGUGCUAGCGCAUUUACUCCCUAUACGGAAUUCGGAGCACAUGAUAGAAAGGAAGCGCCUUCCGGAUAGUGUUUCACUUGUACAGACAGUGACGGCGAAGAAGUGGCAGGGGUGAACGGCGCCGGGGGUGUUGGCCGGUAAAGUUGUUUUCUUUGUGAACAUUUUGGUUUUUAUUUUUUGGGCAAUUAUUUUGUGAUUGUGACCACCCGAAUUUGCGGUGUGCGAAGAAGAAGAAGAAGCAGAACGGCGUGCUAACCGGAAGCUGAGCUUUUUGUGAAAGGAAGCGCAAGUUUUACACACACAGACACGGCAGCGCGCGCUUGGGGCACUUGGGUCGCGUUGCGCCGAGCGGGUUUGUUCAAAGUUUUGUGUGUUGUGUGUGCGUUUAUUUUUAUUCAUUUACAAAUUAACUGAGAGUUUUGGUGUGGAAGCAAAACAUACGCGAAAACUCGUCACGUCAAACCUCGAAGCUUGCGCGAUCCACCUAAAGAGAGCCGUUUCCGCUAAUCGGAAAAUAAUUGCAGCGAGCGAAAGCAAUGGCAUCAACACAGGUAUCACAUGGAACCAGUGUUAGCAACGCAGCAAAUAACAACAACAACAACAACAACAAUAACAACAAUACCAACAGCAGCAGCAACAACAACAACAACAACAACAACAACAACAACUCUAGCUCUUCGUACGCCAACGUGUUGUUGAAUCUGAAGGAGCAGCAGGGCAAAGACGUUUCGCAUCAAGCCGACAACAACAAGGAAAACAUUGGCAGUGAGCGACCGGGCAGUGGUGCACCUCCGAACAGUAGCAGCAGCAAAGGCAAACCGGUGGCAGGCAAAGAGUCGGUAACGCUCGGUACGGCCACGGCCCACAACCCCACAAACACUGCCGCGACCGGAUCGGCGGCCACCAGCACCGCACCGAUGGCAGACGAGGCGAAGGUUCCGCUCAGCAAUGAGCUGGAUGUGAAAAACAACACGCCCGACGAGCUGGAAGAUGAUGCCAACUUUGUCCCAGUGGUGUCGCAUCACAAGCGCGAUCGUAAGGCAAAGGCGGCCGCUGCCGCUGCUGCUGCCGCCGCCGCCGCCGGCGCUUCAACGCCACAUGGUGGUCCGAAAUCGUCCGGAGAAAAACAGUCAGCCGCUGGAGCUGCUAGGGGGUCUGGCAGGCGCCCGGCGGCUCCAGGAACGCAAACGCACGUAGGCAAGCAGGGCAAGCUCUCACACGAACGUGGUGGCGGACCGGACGAGAAGGGCGGAUCGUACCGGAAAGAUUUCGGCAAACGUAAGUCGAGCGAUCGCAGUCGCAAUCUCGCGAAUGCGGCCGGCGAAUCAGCAAAGGACGAGAAGCUGCACGAUGCGACGGCGGAAGGUGGCAGUGCCGGCGGUGCCAGCAGCACCAGCGGAGCACCCGGGAAGCAGCUACAGCAAGCGGCCGCUCCCGGUGGUGCUGUGGCCGGUCCGGCAGGCUCACCAUCGGACGAGGAAGACCGCGGCAAGGAGGAUGCGAAGAAGUUUGUUGAAGCGCCACUGCCAAAGGUGAACGCAUGGAAGGUCACCCCGUCCAUAGAACCGGCUCCGAUUCCAGUGAACGAUACACGUGCCCAGACCAAGUCCAACACAGCCAAGGUAGCGCCAGCAGCGGCGCCCAGCACGGCGGCUGCCGCUGCUACACCUGCCGUCCCAAGCCCAGCCAGCGCGGUUGCAGCUGUGGAAAAAUCGGACGUUUCAAGCGCAACUGGAUCGAAUGAAAAGCGGAAUGUACAGCCGAAACAGCCAACCAAAGCUCAAGGAAAUGGCAACCAGAAAGCAAUGCCCAACGACCCGAACGGUAGCAAGCCAGCAGCUCCGGCCGGUGGAAAGUCUGAUAAAAAACGUAACAACGCAAAGGCUGCCGAUUUCACAGCGAACAGUGGAGACUGGCCAACACUGGGCGAGAAAAAGAACACCCCAGCCGACGGUCCCAAGAAGGGUGGAUCGUCCGAAGCGAGCGCAGAAAAGCAAAACGCUGCUUCGAAAGCAACCGGCUCAGCAGUUUCGUCCACAUCGACGGCCGGGGUACAGCCAAAAUCGUCAGAACCGAUGAAUGCUCCACCAGCGCAAUCGUCGUCGUCGUCGCCGAAGAAGCACCAGCAGCCAGCGGAUGUCCCAGUUCCUGAAAGCGGUCCAAGUACCUCGAAGAGCACCUCCUCGACGAACACUAGCAACAACAGCGCCGUCGUUAAAGAUAAUGCUACCAAAACAGCGGAUGGAGCAUCCGCACGUGCUUCUACUGCCCGCGCUAAUAAUCAAACCGGUCCGAAAUCGACCAACGAAGAGGGAGGAAAGAACGCUGCGGCACCAUCCUCAACUGCUGCUGCUGCUGCUCCACCGAAACAACCUGCAACGGCAUCCAGCACGGCGUCGAAACAGGCCAACUCGGAUGGAGCAACUACUGAUACCGCCGCCUCGGAGCAAGCGACGGCCACCACUUCGCAGAGCCGACCGCACAGCCGAGGCCGUGGAACGGCAGCUGAAGGCGAGGUAAAUGGGUCGGCCGCAUCCGCUAGCAACAACACGCGCAAGGGCCCGAAACCGAAGUGGGUUCCGCUGGAAAUAGAGCUGCCGAAGGCGCGCGAAAGACGUGCGCGAACGCCCCGGCACCGGCGGUACGACGACUACGAAGAGAGCGGUUGGCAUCAGCAUCAGGAUUCGUCGGCCGGGGGACAGCAGUCAGCCGGCCAGGCGCAGCAUGCUAACCAACAGCCACAGGCGCAACAGCAGCAGCAACAGCAGCCGCCGCAGCAGCAGCAGCAGCAGCAACAGCAGCAAGCGCAGCAUCAGCAGCAUCAGCCGCAGUCGCACCGGGGCAACGGGGCUCCGCCGGGUGGCCGUAUGCCUAGAGGGCGGACUACCCGCGGAGGAGGCGGCGGUCCGCCGGCUUACCGCGGUGGCAGAGGCGGCAGUGGCCGCAUCGCUACCGGACGCGGUGGAAUGAACUUCGGCUACAGACGCGGGGCGCCCAUGCGCGGAGGAGCCAACCGUCAUAUGAACGAUCGGACCACUGCCACAACGGGUGCUGCGGCCGGCGUCGAGAACGGUGUGGUUGGCGGCAUCCCGCUUGGAACUGGGCAGGAUUUCCAAGACUUCACCGCGGUGAACACCAAAAUCGGUACCGACCAGGCGGCGUUCAUCAUGCCUUAUCUAAGCACGUUCUACUACAACGGUGCGCCAUUGAUAGGAAUGGAUCAGCUGAGCAUUAAGGAGUGUAUUAAAAAGCAAAUUGAAUAUUACUUUAGCGAGGAAAAUCUAAAUCGUGAUUUCUACCUGCGGCGAAAAAUGGACCCGGAGGGCUUCCUUCCGGUUACGCUUAUCGCAUCGUUCCAUCGAGUGCAAGCGCUCACCGACGAUAUUGACAUAAUCACCGAAGCAAUCAAGGAAUCGGAAAAGCUGGAGCUGAUCGAAGACUACAAGGUGCGCACGCGCGUCAACCCCACGAUGUGGCCAAUCGAUCACUCGGUCACGAUCGUGAAUGGUGCGAUGAACUUUGGAGUUACUUUCGCCGACCAGCAGCAGCAGCAGGACCGGACGUCGGCGUUGCCAUCGCAGACGGUGCAGGGAGAGCAACAAGCGCCAGACGCUAAACCGGCCGGGCAAGAACAGCAGCAACAGGGGGCGGCGGCGUCGGCGGCGGUUCCUGCGCCGACAUCGGUUCCGGUCGCUGGCGACGGUGCCGAUGUCGCAGCCGUGCCGCAGCUGCAGGUGGCCUCGAAGAUCCUGUCUAGUAUUCCACCACCCCCGUUACCGAGAAAUAUUCGCAACCCAGUAAGCAAAGCGAGCAAAACCGUGCCGCUGCUAAUACCGUGCGUGAACGUAGCGCCGAUGGUGAAGCCUUGCUCCGUCAAAGAGGUAGCGCAGAAGUCCAAUGCUGCCCCUGCCGCUCAGCCACCGCCCGCGGAGAGUGGGAAAUCGGCAGAAGAAAACUUAAACCCCGACGUGCCGGAAUUCGUUCCGGCGGCCGCGCAAGUAGAAAAUAAGCCACCGAAAAGUAAAGCGAACGAGAAAAAGCAGCCCAAUCCACCACCGGCUGCUGCUGGCGGUGGGAAGAAGGGUAAGGCGGCCCAACAGCAUGGGGGUGGUAGUGAGGGAGGCAAGGAAGGCAAAACGGUGAAGGUGGACGAGAAGCCUGCGGCAGCAACUGCGCAGCCGGAAGAGGAAUCAGCCGAACAGCAGCAACAACAGCCACAACCAGAGGCCGCCUUAUGGAAGGAAGUAAAGAGAAGAUCUCGGUCGAGCCAAUCUCACCCUCAGCAAGCACCAGCGCAGCAGCAGCAGCAGCAGCAACAGGCAAAGCAGCAGACAAAAAACAGUAGCGCUACCAGCAGUGUCAGUGGACCGCUGUCGAAUGACAUUGCUGGUAGCAAGAAGGCUGCAUCGAUGGAGCAGCUCGCAAAACAAUCAUCAUCGCAGCAGGCGAAGCCCCAGCAGGGUAGCAGCAACGCAACGACGCAACAACUGAAGCAGGACAACCUGGGCACCGCACCGGCAGCGGCGGCAGCAGCAGCAGGAGCGAAUGCUGCGUCCACCACGGAAGAGCGCGAAGAACUUGACUUCCAGUUCGACGAAGAGCUGGACAUACCGCGCAGCUGUGGCGGUCGGGUGAACCAUUUCACCGACAACUGGUCGGAGGACGACGACGAGUCGGAUUACGAGAUACCGGACACGGAAAUCAACAAGCUGCUGAUCGUGACCCAGAUCACGAACCGGCUGCCCAAGCACGAUGGGUACGAUCGUACGGGCGAUUUCACGACGCGCACGAAAAUUACGCAGGACCUGGAGCGCAUCAUCAACGAUGGGCUGUACAACUACGAGGAGGAUCUGCUCACGAGCAAGAGCGAUGGGCGGCGCGGUGGCGGCUACCAUGGCUAUCGGACGGUGAACCUCAUCUCGCAGGAAGAGUACGACAAGCUCGUGACGAAGCCGACCAAGCUGGCAACGCUGGAGGUGGCAUCGCCGCAGCCCUCCGCGCCGAUGGCACCACCGAGUGUGACCAUCGCAUCGCCGCCGGCAGCGUCGUCGCCACCGUCGUCGGCAGCGCUCAACGACAGCAGCAUGGUCGACGAUCAGUCGCUGCUGGACGUGAGCGGGCUUAAUGUGAGCACCGCCUCGACGACCACCGGCAACCGGCACAAGGCGCGCUUCUACGCCGUCAACAAGGACGAGUUUGUCGAUCCGAUCACGCCCCGCAAGCGCAAAACGCGCCACCUGAACAAUCCACCGGUCGAGAGCCACGUCGGCUGGGUGCUGGACGCGGUGGAGCAUCGGCCCCGCACGACCAGUAUUGGCAGCUCGGCCGGCACGAGCCCGACCGCGUCCAGCUACGGCUCACUGCCCCACAGCCUGCCGGUCUUUCAGCAUCCGUCCCACGCGCUGCUGAAGGAGAACGGGUUCACGCAGCAGGUGUACCACAAGUACCACAGCCGGUGCCUGAAGGAGCGCAAGCGGAUGGGCCCGGGUCAGUCGCAGGAGAUGAACACACUGUUCCGGUUCUGGUCGUUCUUCUUGCGCGAGAACUUCAACAAGAACAUGUACAACGAGUUCCGGCAGCUCGCGAUCGAGGAUGCCGCCGAGGGUUUCCGGUACGGGCUGGAGUGUUUGUUCCGGUUCUAUUCGUACGGGUUGGAGAAGAAGUUCCGGGCGCAGCUGUACGAAGACUUCCAGCACGAGACGGUAUCAGACUACGAAAAUGGUCAACUGUACGGGCUGGAGAAAUUUUGGGCCUUCCAAAAGUACUACAAAAACGCUUCCAAGCUCACGGUAAACCCCAAGCUGAAGGAAUAUUUGGACAAGUUCAAUUCGAUCGAAGAUUUCCGUGUGCUGGAACCGCAGAUCAACGAAAUGCUUGAGGGCGUUGGUACUCUCAAACCGUGUCAAACGAAGCGCCGCCCGAGAAGCGUUUCGGAGAGCGAGGGUGUCGCGGUGGUGGUCGGUUCCGCACCGGGACCGUCGCAUGCCGGUAGCCAUGCUUACCAGGCCGGAGGAAGUCGCCGCGGUGGCAGCAGCGGAAGUGGAGCCGGUUCAUCGAGUCACAGCAAUACUGGUCACUACACAAGUCGUAACCGAUGCGAUUCAACGGGAAACAGACCGGUGGAGGUAUCGAACCGGCUACGCACCCGCACCGGCUCCUUCGGCGACACAACACAGGUGAUGCGGCGCAGGAGCGGAUCGGCAGGAAAUCGUGUAGUCCGCACGUUUAACAACCCGAGCAGCAGCCAUCGUUCCCUUGCCUUUCUUACCCGUAGCAACAUGCAGCAGCCCUCCACGUCAGGUAAUGUAGGUAGCAACAGUAACAUCAGCAAACAUCAGCAGCAAACCUCACAGUACGCAGCUGGUGCUCACAAGGCAAAGCCGUACAAAACGCCGGCGCAAAGUAGUAACAGCAGCGGCGGUGACAAUACGGCCGGACCGGCGCCCGACGGUGCAAUGCCGAGCAGCAGCAACAGCAGCAGCAUCAACAACAGUAAAUCUAGUGAAAGCAAUGUUCAUAACUAAAGCAGUGCUAAUUCAAUGCUGCAGGGGACAAACUAUCCUGAUUUAAUGUGAGUAAUCGCGGUCCGAACGGCUAUUUCUCAACCGAUGUUAUGAGAAGGUAGUUAGUUUUGCUCCGAUGCGAGUUACGCCGCACUAGAGAGAGAGAGAGAAAGAGUUACGUAUUAGUAGCUUUCUUUUUCAAACUGCCAGACAGAUACACACACAGACACAGAUACACACACACAAACGCGCUCACAGUGGAUGUUGCGCGGGUGGAUGUGUGUUUUAUUUUCUGCCCUGUGCGCUCUCGAAGCAAGGUCUUCGAAAGCAGACUUGCAACAUGGCGCUGCAUGCGGCAAGUUAAAAUUAUAAUGGUUAUUCUUUUUUUUUGCCUCAAAUCCCCCUUUUCAUGCCAUUUUUUAGCUGAAUGGCUGAAUCUGAUUGAUGUUCCUACAAACACAAAGCAAGAGAAAAACAAAAACAACCCAAUAACGAAACCAGUAGAGGAAUACUAGUAUUUCUGCCCCGAUAUUAAACCGCGCGCGAACUUAUCGAAGUAGAUACGCGGAAGGCCUCUACGCGAAUUCGCCCUGUAGGUGUAAAGUUCAUUGUAUUCGCACUUUGAUGGUGUGAUCCGACAACAGGAGACAAGCAGGAGAAAACACACGAAGUGUGGCUGCGUAGUAAAACGAUAAAAAGUACGAAAAAGAGUAGACAGCAGAUACAAAAAAAAAAACUACUCAGGCAUCUCUGCUUGGCUGGUUACACGCCCCGAGGCUUGUAUUUUUAGGCAGUACAAGCCGAGAUGGGGGAAGGCUUGGCGUCUCUGCACCGACACCCUAUCCAAUUUAGAACUCCCAUACAUCCGUCGUACACCACACGGCUGGUACAUAAUGAUAACUGCACCGACGUUUAUUAUUAUUGUGUUUUUUUUUGUUUGUUGUGGAGCCAUAGUUGUACAUGGAUUUGUGUGUGGGUGUUCAAGUGUUAAGCUACCGGCUUGCGUUAUGGGUAGCGUACUUGGUAACGUGUCUGCUUUGCAAACAACAAUCUGCACGUGUACUGGUUGUGCACAUGUGUUAUUACGAAGUGGGUGGAAUAACACUUAAGUGAAAGUAUAAAGCGUAUAUACUUAUCGUGCUUUAGAUGUAGUGCAGGACUGUAAUGUGGAAAAUGAUUGAAUUUGGUUUUGUGUGUCUAGGGCGGCCGUUUCUGUGCUGUACUCCCCCCCCCCCAUGCGCACGAUUUGUAGUCAGCCGUGCAAGAAUAACACAAAACACACAAUAUCUGUGCGCUAAGGAAGAAAAAAAACCGCAAAUGGGGGUCUUUAUUUAAACACGCUAUAAUCAGGUUUGUUAGUUUUUGUCAGGGUAAAAUUGUUGAUUUCCGUACAAAAUAAUAUUGUGACCGUGCUCUGUAACUCCGUAACCAGAGGUGUACUAAGAAUGCAACUAUAGAGGAAUUAUUCAAAAUUUGCGAAUGAGGCGCGCUCGGUUUCUCACGUGUUUGAUAUGUUUUGUACGCCACUCAUUUGUUCUCACACCGUUGUGCCCUGAUCCUCCCUAUGCUUAUUAUGCUUUACAUCUACUAAUUUGUGUUAAUUUUUGCGCUCCCACUGAUGCGCGCGCCUGACACUGAUAGUUGUGUGUUUUCUGCUAUUGCUCUGUAAUUGGUAUGUUUUUUUCUUCAAUUGGGCCUUUAUUUUUAUCGUUGAAUGUUCUUUUCUUUAAUUUACGUUUAUAAUUUUUUUUCUGUGGGAUUAUUGAAUUUAAUGUUCGAUAAAAGAAGUUACUAGAAGUGUAAGCGGAAUGACUACGAGAUAAAAUUACACACACACACAACUUCUUAGUACGUAGGUGCAAACUAAUGGAAAAACAUGAAAAUGCAAAAAAAAAUCAUAAAACAAAGAUGAUGAGCAGGACCGAAAGCAAAUAUAAAAAAAAAAAUGUCGAAAAUCGUUGCUAGCUACAAAUAGAUUCGGAUUAUGAAAGGUAAAACAACAAGAAAAAUUGCUGAGCCGCAAUUAAUUAAACUAUAAAUAUAAA